CUGAUGACAGAUUGUCUAUGUGUGAGCCAUAAUGACACACAAGGGGCCUCAAUGACCAUGACCACAUCUAUCGUCGCACCACACGCGAGCAGCGCAGAGACAAACCUACAGACACAAUCGGAAUGCCACACCCACGUCACCGCGUGCGCAAGUCAUAUCAUAGCUGGUACAUCCAGGCCUUUGUGGUCCUCCGCGCGCCACUCCCCCCCUCCUUAGAUCCCCGUCUCUUCGCCGAGCCGCCAGACGUGCCCGAACUUUCACUCUUCAUCCCGCCGGCCUUGCUGCCCUUGGCCGCCUGCAUCCACAGACUGACCGUGUCUCUCUCUGUGGCCAUGUCUCGCUUUGGUCAUGUCACCUUGGCUUCUUUCUCGUCCUUUCUCCGCUCCUUCUCUAUCUCUUUCUGUUUCUUUGCCAUCGACUGGUGCAGCUUCUGCUUGCCCUCUGUCACGUCCAGGGCGGCAUCGAGCCCAGCCCGCACAUAGCUCUCAAGGGUGCCCAGAAUGGUGUCGGGCGGCUUUUGCACCCUGGCAGCGCGGCUGAGGCGCCGCUCCACCUUGGCCCGCUGGGCCCGCCGCUUGUCGACUCGCUCCUUGGCUGACUUGCAUUGGUAGUAGCGGCCUUUGGCGUGCUGCUUGCCCUCAAACUCGAUGGUCUUGGCCAGAUGCUCGAAGGCCUGCAUGCAUAAAGGAACGGAGAGGAGACACCAUCUAUGUUAUAUUUGAAUCGAUUUCGAUUGUGUGGGUCAUGCUGUUGGGUACCCAACCCACCCUACCUUUCUUUCGUUGCCGUCUUUCUCUUCCUGUUUCUUGAUCUGCAUGUCCGUCUCGAGGAUCUCCCUCUCCCACUCGGCGGCAAUAUGCACGGCGGCGUCAUACCUCGUGUACAGGACGUCCACCUGCGGCUUGAGGGCCUCGGCCGUCUCUUUCUCCUGCCGCCACUGUAUCCACGCAUCCAGCACCACACGCAUCCGCUUCGUCCACCCUGAUCGCAGACAGACAGACAGACAGACAGACAAUCGCAGACAGACAGACAGACAGACAGGGAUACACACAGAUUGCCGACGUACAUCAUGCAGGCUCGCCGACAUGAGGUCAUCCUAUCAAUGUCCCGCUUGGCCAUGGGCACACCAGCAGGCUGGUGCUUCAGCUUGUGUAUGGCGGCAUCGAGCUGCUUCCUCCUAUUGUCAGGGAGGGGUGGCAGG